AAAAGAAGUCUUCAACGGCCCUAUUUACCUUUUUUUUAUCCAAACGGCUCUAUUUAUCCCGUGUGUUUCUGGGAUACAUAUAAGAACCCCAUCUUUUUAGCCCUGGCAAUGAAGCAUCUCUAUCGCUGCACGCCCACAGAAAAAUCUCCAGCAUGAAAUUCAAAUACUUGGAAUUGAAAUUUGAACCUAUUUUCUUGGAUUGGAAAAACAGACCCUGCUCCAACAAGAAAAUACUGACAUCAAGAAAUUCAAUAGAGCAUCUCUCUCUGCACGCCACAUAAUACUCUCCAGACCUGCUACAAAAAGAAAAUAAAAGCGACAAAAUGAAUGAUUUGAUGACCAAAUCGUUCACUAGCUAUGUGGACCUCAAGAAAGAGGCCCUCAAAGACCUGGAAGCCGGUCCUGAUCUUGAAAUGGAAGCUCAACUCAGCAGCACGGAUCAAAACCUAAUUCCCUUCUUCAAAGAAGUUGGAGCCAUCAAGGAUGAGAUGGAGGUCAUCGAGCUUCUCCUGGAGAAGUUGAAGGAAUUCAACGAAGAAACAAAGAAAAUCCACAAACCAGAAGCCCUCAAAUCUCUCAGAAAUAGGAUCAACAGCGAUGUCGUCAAUGUUCUAAAGAAGGCAAAAACCAUUAAAACCAUGCUUGAGGAGCUGGAUAGGCAGAACUUAGCAAACAGGAGACUCUCAGGCUUCAAAGAGGGCACCCCACUUGACAGGACAAGGAGCUCAGUGACAAAUGGCCUAAGAAAGAAACUGAAAGAGUUGAUGAUGGAUUUUCAAGCUCUCAGGCAAAAGAUAAUGGUAGAGUACAAAGAGACAGUAGAGAGAAGGUAUUUUACUGUAACAGGGGACUAUGCGAGCGAAGAGAUGAUAGAGCAGAUCAUAUCGAGUGGACAGAGUGAGAGCUUCUUGCAAAAAGCCAUUGCAGAACAGGGGAGAGGUAAGAUAUUAGAGACCGUAAAUGAGAUACAGGACAGGCAUGAUGCAGCGAAGGAGAUAGAGAGAAGCUUGCUGGAGCUUCAUCAGGUGUUUCUGGACAUGGCUGUGAUGGUGGAGGCUCAGGGUGAGAAGAUGGAUGACAUCGAGCACCAUGUUAUGAGUGCGGCGACCUAUGUCAAGGAUGGCACCAAGAACCUCAAGGCUGCAAAGGAAUACCAGAGGAGCAGUAGGAAGUGGAUGUGUAUUGGGUUGAUUCUGCUCCUUGCUCUCAUCUUCUUUGUUAUAGUUCCUAUCAUCGCCAGCUUGAACUCCUAGAGAGAGAAAGAGGGUGAGGGUGAGAUCUCUUUCUAUUUUAUUUUUCUUUAUUUAUUUAUAUUUGGGUGGGGGGAGAGUUAUGUGGGUAAGACUUGGUUUGUAAUUUGCUAUAGAGUGGGUUUAAGUGGGGAUCAUGGAUUUCAUAGGGGUUGGAGUUCUGCUCAAGCUCCAGCUUUAUGAGAAGAUAUAAGGGUUUCCUUUCUUUCUUCUUAAUUUUUCUUUGGAUAGAAUGUGGAAUACCGUUUGUUGUUGGGAAGGAUGUUCGUGCUUGGAAAGUAUAGUUAGGAGUUAUUUCAACUUCAUGGUGGUGGUUGAAUUUUGUUGCUGAUAUUGAUUUUCAUAUUGGAAUUAUUUGUAAGUUUUAUCCUUGGAGUACAAUUCAUUUUUCUUUGAAUUUGGAGCAAAAUUUAUUUAGUGAAUAUUCGUGCUUGGAAAGUAUAGUUAGGAGUUAUUUCAACUUCAUGGUGGCGGUUGAAUUUUGUUGCUGAUAUUGAUUUUCAUAUUGGAAUUAUUUGUAAGUUUUAUCCUUGGAGUACAAUUCAUUUUUCUUUGAAUUUGGAGCAAAAUUUAUUUAGUGAAUGCUGCCAAGAUAU